AUCCAGUAAAGAUGUGGGGAAAGAGCAAUAAAACAAUGCACACAACUUUUCUUUUUCUUUUCUUUUUUUUCCUCUCUUCUUUUUUCUAUCCUUUUGAGAACCCAUGUAUGAACUGUUUUUGCUUUUCUUUUGUUUUUUUUCCCUCCCUCCUACUUAUUGCAUCAAAGAUUCUCUCAUUUGCAGGUCAAAGAAGUGACUAAAAGAGGAACAAAUCAAGGAAGCAUGAUAUCAUGGAUUGGAGAAAGGUGAACCACAGCUCAUGCAUAUAUUCUCCCAGUAGACCCACUCAUGAUUCAUGUAUGGAUUGAGUGUAUUCCAAGGACAGCAACAUAAAGGGAGCACUUCCCACAAUUCUUAUAUAUGUUGGAGGGGAGAUGAUAGCCAGCUCCCUUUAAGGAGGAAAUGUCCAACCAUAACAGCAAUCAGGGGUUGGUUCUAUCAGCCGACGCCAAGCCGCGCCUUAAAUGGACUCAACAGCUUCACGACCGAUUCGUCGAUGCGGUCGCUCGGCUUGGCGGAGCAGACAAAGCUACGCCUAAAUCGGUGAUGCAGGUGAUGGGAGUUCCUGGGCUCACUUUGUACCAUCUGAAGAGCCAUCUUCAGAAAUAUAGGCUCGCAAAGAGUCGGGAUACAAAUAUUCUUCACGACUAUAGUGAAGGUGAGAUCCAGUGCAAGAUUCUUGAGAGAAGUACCCCUGAUGCCGAUGAAAAUAAAGCACAGAAUCAGCUCGAUGAGACCAUGUUACAGAUGCAGAUGCAGGUUCAAAGGAAGUUACAGGAACAAAUUGAGGUGCAGAGACACCUGCAACUCCGGAUAGAAGCACAAGGGAAGUAUCUGCAAAAUGUGCUAAGGAAAGCACAAGAAACACUUUCUGCAUAUAGUUCGAAUUCUAUCGGCACCGACGUUGUAAAGGCCGAGCUCUCUGAACUAGCCUCUGCGGUGGGGAAUGAGUGCUUGAACUCUCCUCCCCCGCAACCUUGCUUAGUUUUUAAUAUAUCCCAACAAUCUGAUUGCUCUAUUGAUAGCUCCCUGACUUCUUCAGAGAAGCCGGAUAAGGCCACCGAGAAGUCACGCAGAAUCGGUUCUAGCUCUUCUUCAUGUAAUGGGAGCGAAGAGCUUCAAUCUCGGGGGAUCAAUUACGACAGCGGGGAAGCAGUUGGAACUAAGAGAAGCAGAAGCAGCAUCUGUGGAGAAGCCACUUUGGAUGAGCACACAACCUGGAAGAGGAUUUUCCAUCAGAAAGAGUGCAGUUUUGAGGAGCCAGAAGAACUUGAUCUCAACAGGUAAUCAUCAACUGGGAGAAUUUAUUGUCUAAACACGGCGCAACCAUGUCAUCCCGCAAACCGCACCCUGUCGACUCUUCAUCGCUCAGGUUGUCUCGGUUGCUUGAAUUACGUACGUAGUAAGAUGAGAUGGAUGACAGAGCACUAUUUUACACCGGGUGUAGGCAAUAAUUUCUUGUCGGCUGUGGGGUGAGACUUCUUCUGGAGGGUCACAAAAAUUAUUGUUAUUGGAGUUGUUAAUCUGUGCUACAGCUGGUGAUUUUCUUCUUGUUGUUGUUUAUGUGUGUGUACAUCCUAUAACUAAGUCCAAGAUUGUAGGUGGUAUAUAAUAAUAUGAUAGAUAGUAUAAUUAGUAUGCUGUACACCAGGGAGAUGACACAUGGAAUUUUGAGAUCUUUAAUAAUAUGCUAAGGAGCUAGAUUUACUCUACUAUGCUUUAUAAA